AUGAGGAUGAAAUGGCGGUCGACCAAUCAGCUUCUGGGAAACGGGGAAGAGGAGGAAGGGGCGAACGGGGGAGACGGGUGGGGGGAGGCGCGCGCAGGGGAGGGGCGGGAAGCGGAGGGCGGGUGGGGAAGAGCGGGGGAGGGGGAAUGGGGGGAGAGCGAGGGGGACGGGGAGGGCAGCGAGAGCAGUUUCGUGCCUGGGAGCGAGGGGGGCAGCGUGGUGGUGUGGAGCGAGUCAGGCACUGUUACCACGGGAGGCGCGUGGAGCGAGGCGGAGAGCGUGGUUAUCCACCACUCCCACAGCGCUGCUAAUAACGCAGCAGCGCGCGCGUCGAAGCAGCAGCAGCACGGGCGCGUGGGGGGGCGUGCGGGGGAAGAGCAUGGGCAGAGCAGCAGGGGGGAUGCGCGGGGGAGCGGGUGGAGAGGCGGAGAGGAAGCGGUAGAGGAGGGAACUCGCGCGGAGGUCCCUAUGCGCGCAGCUGCCGCGGACUGGUUUGAGGAAGAUGAGGAUGAUGAGUGGGGGCUUGCUGGCGAGGCGAGUGGGGAAGGUUCAGAGCGCGGGGCAGGGGGAACAGAGGGGAGCAGCAGCUGGAGCAGGAGUAGGGGCGAGCAGCAGCGCGCGCAGGGCGUGGGGAGGGGCGCAGGGGGUCUGACGCGCAAGCCUGCUGACAUGGCUGGUGCGUACGAGUUUGGUGAUAGUAGCGAGAGUGCGCCUUCCAUGCUUCCCAAGUCCUUCCUGCCCCCGUCUCGCAGCCUCACUACUGCUGGUGAAGCCGCUGCUGCUGGUGCUGCUGGGGGCAGCAGCUGGACUUCUAGCCUCGGUGCCCCUGCCUCUUCUGCCAGCCCGGCUGGAGGCUCGGGGAUAGGCCCGGGGAUAGGGUCUGGUGCGGGUCUGGGCUCGUGGAAGAGCAUGAAGAGGAGGCUCGGCCGGGCCACGAGCGUGGGUUCAGGGCAGACGGAUAUGGAUGGGUGGUGGAGUGAGGAUGGGUGGAGCGAGAUGGGGAGGGGUGACGCGCGAGACGAGGUGGGCAGCUGGUGGGACGAGGAGAGCGUGAUGAGCAGCUUUAGAGGGGAAAGGGGGGGCGGGGGAGGGGGAACAGGGGGGUGGAUGCGCAGUCUGUCUCGGGGGAGCAUUGGAGGGGGAGGGGGGGGCGGAGGGGAGUGGGGGGAGAGCGGAAGUGUCCCCAGCACUCCCUCUGGACGGCCCAGGACUGCUGACCCUGCUCUCGGUCGCAGAGGGAUGGGCGGGCUGGGAGGGCUGAGAGCAGGCGAGGGGGGGCGCGAGGCGGGGGAAGGGUCGGCAGCAGGGGGGGGAGGUGGAGGGGAAGGGGGGGGCGAAGGGCGAGGGGGGGAGGAGGCGGACGUGAGGGCGUCGAGCUCUUUUCUUGUGAACUGGCGGCGCAAGCGGCGGCAACUGCAGCAGGAGCAGGCGCGGCUGCAGGAGACUCUCGCAGCAGGGGGCGGGCUGGGCCGCCCCGAUCGAGCGCCCAGGAGGAUUGGUGCUGCUGCCAAGCCUCUGGUUCGGAUCCGAGGCUCGGGAGUAGGUUCGAUGGGGGGGAUGGACGGGGGAAGGGGGCUGGAGCGGGUGGUUGAGAGGCGUGGGGAGGGGGGGUGGUCUGAGUCGUGUAGCAGUGGCAGUGGUGGUGGCAGUGCGAACAGCAGUGGGCGGAGGAUGGGGGAGGCGGACAGCCAAAGCAGCAGCACACGGGGGAACGGUGUUGGGAGCUCCUCCCUUGCUGCUCCCAGUCCCUCACGUGCUGCUACUGCUGCUGCUGCUGCUGCUGCUGCUGCGGGUGCUGCUGCUGGUGUUUCUGGUGGCGGUGGUGACAGGGGCGUGGGCAGCGGGGGCAGGGCGCUGGUGAAGCAUGCGAGUUGGCAGCAGGAGAGGGUGAGCAGGCAGUUCAGCCCGUGGGGGUCCAGAGGAGCAGGGGCAGAGGCAGGCGCGCUGCAGCAGUCCGUGGGGCAGGGGGAGCGAGCUGGCGAGGGGGGACGCGAGGGCGGCGAUGCUAGGGCGAGGGCGGGAGAUGGCGGUGGGAGGGGCGUGGGGGGGCGGCAGUUUGUGCGGCACUUGAGCCUGCAGGAGCGGGGCAGUGGGGGUGGCGGGGGCGUGGAGGGCAGGGGUGUGGAGGGAGGAAGGGGAGGGGCAGGAGGAGGAAAGGGAGGAGGAGGGCUAGGAGGGUGGUUGCCUGGCAGGCCUGGUCUACCCCCUUCAGGAUCGAUGUCAAGUCGAAGCAUUGGCAAGGCGGCACCUGCGUUGAGCCCUACUGGCCCUCCUCACACUGCUGCCACGGCUGCCAUUACUAGCAAUGCCAGCAAUAGCAGCAGCAGCAGCCGGUCAGGGCGGGUUUUCCAGAAGAAUCUGAGCCUGCCAGAGGAGAGGAUCUCCCGGCGCAGCAGUGGCCAAUGGGACGCUGCCACGUCAGCAGCGGGGCGCGAUUCAAACCCCAGGACCCCUCCGCCAGCCAGUCCAGGUGGCCGCUCCCCAUUGGCUGGCAGGGGGCUGAGCGUGGCUGGGAGGGCGGGAAGCAGGGAUUGGGGGACAGGGGGAGCAGGGGCGGCUGAGGCAGCAGCAGGGGGAGCAACAGGUGAGCGGCGGUUUGUGCGGCACCUUAGUCUGCAGGAGGAGGGGGGAGGCCGUCACAGGAAGAGCUUCAGCCAGUGGUCCUUAGGCCUGGGCCUCGCCGCUGCUGCUGCCUCACCUGCAACGCCAGGCUCGGUGGGAGGCUCGGAACGCAGGUCCGGGCUGGGUGGUUCGGAGAGGCGGCUGGCUCGGAGGAUGAGUCUGGGAGGAGGAGAGGUGUUCAGUGCGAGCGAGUUGGGGAUAGCAGUGGAGCGGCGGGAGGGGUGGCGCGAGGGUGUGGGGGGACUGCUGAGAAAGGUGGCGGGGGGAGGCAAGGACGAGAGCACAGCAGGUGCUGCUGCUGCUGCUGCUGCUGCAGGGGCUGGUGGCAGGCGCAGUGGCAGUGUGGGGGGACAGCAGCAGAGCAAUUUGACAGGGGGGAGUGGGGCGGAGGCGGGAGAGAGGGGAGUGGGGGGCGUGGGAGAGGCGAGGGCGGAGAGGAGGGCACGGUACGCCCUGAGGGGCGUGCAGGGCAGCCGGUUGAGGGAGCGUGCGUUCAGACAGCGAUGGGGGGCAGGUGGGGCGACGCCUGUGGUGGAAGAGGGCGAGGAGGAAGGCGAGGAGAGUGAAGGGAGCGCGGUGGGUGAGGGGAGGGUUGUGGAUGGGGAGGGGAGGAGAGGGCGGAGUGAGGUGGAAAGGAGGGCGGAGGGCAAGGGGGAGAGGAACGCAGAGCGGAAGAGUGAGGGGAAUGGGGAGAGGAAUGGGGGAGGAGAUGGGGUGGAGAGGAAGGGCGAUGAAGGGGUGGAAGAGACGGAGCAGGACAGGGAGAAGGAGAAGAAGGAUGAAGGGAAGCAAGAUGUGUGUGAGGUGAGAAGGAGGAGUCUGGGAGACGAUUCGAAAUCGAAUCACGAGAACGUGAGAGGAGGUGAGGAAGUAGAGGUGAGAUGUCACAGGGAGGAGCGAGAGGCGGGGAGGAUGAGUGAGGGAACAAGAGGGGAGAGUGACUGUGGCGGGGGCGAGGGCAACAAGGAGGAGGGUGUGGGCGGAGGGGAGGAGAGGGAGGGGCGGCAGAGCACAGCAAGGGAUGCGGAAGCAGGGAAGGGGAGAAGUGAUGGGGGCAGUGGUGGGGGUAGUGGUGGGGAACGUGAAUCGCCGUGGAAAUCAGGAUGGCAGAAGCAGGCGGGGCAACCGACGUGGGUGUAUGAGGCACAUGGGGAAGAGAAGGAGAUGGGCCAUGCGGUGAGGGGGGAGGCACGUGCUGUGGGGAGUGGUGUGAGGCGUGCAGGGGCACGAGCAUCAGACCGCCCUGCAACCGCCCCACUACAGCGCUCCUCCACAGCCCCUCAGGAGCGCCCCUCAGUCACGCCACUGCAGCGCCCGUGCUCCCCUCAGCCUGCACUGCACAAGGCAGUAGGAGCAAGGGCACCUGAGCAACGCAGCACACAUGCAGCGGCCCGUUCACCCCACGUGCCUGUCCCCCACCCUCACCCUGCUGCCUAUCCGUCCCCUGCCGCUCAUUCUUCCGCUGUUGCCACUUCUGCCUCUGGUGUUGACUCUCCCCUUGCCACGCCAGUGGCGCAGCAGGCAACGGGCAGGGCGGGGUGUGAGGCGGGUGGGGCCCUGGACGCACGCAGAGUGGGUGCGGGAGGAAGGGGUGGAGGGGCGGGCAGUGGGCGCAGCAGUGAGGAGCAUGGGAGUGGGCGGUCGAGCGGGAGUGUGGGUGGGAGUGGCAGGUCAAGCGGGAGUGUAGGAGGGAGUGGGAGGGCGAGCGGCAAUGUGGUUCGGCGUAGGAGAGCGAGUGGGAGUGCGGAGAGCGAUGCGAGUGGCGUGCUGUUGAGCGCAGAUGAGGGCGAGGGUGGGGUCGCAGGUGGCAGCAGGGGAGAGGAGCGGCAGCGGGAGAGGAGCACUGGGGGCGAGAAGGGGAAGAAGGGAGGGCAGAGGAGGAAGGUGCAUGAGGAGGGAGUGGAGAGAGAGAACGGAGAGCAGGUGUCAGGGGAUGCGGACAGGAAUGAAGCCCAAGGGAGUGAGAGGGUGAGCGCGGAAGGGGAGAAGAGGGGAGAGCAUGGGGGACGGCAUAAGAAGCUGGCGAAGGGGUCUGAUGCUCACGUGCAUGCAGGGGUGGGCGGGAGCGCAGGCGCAUGCAAGGAGAAACGGCAUGAUGAGGAGCACAAGAGAGGUCAUGAGAGGUCAGGAAGCAAGGAGAGCAGCAGGCACGAGAGCAGCCGGCACAAGAGCAGCAGGCAUAAGAAGGAACAUGAGAAAGGACAUGAGGAGGAGCAUGGGGAGGGAAAGGAGCAGGGGGUUCUGACCCCGAAGCACCCAGAAAAGAGCUCGAGGAAAGCAGGGAAGGUCUCCAAGAGCCCGAAAGGUGCAGCAGCAGAGAAGAGUCCAAAGAGGUCAAAGAAGAGCCCACGAGGGGUGGAGAAGAGCCCAAAGAGGAUUGAGAAGCGGCACGGAAGGCACGGAGAGAGAGACGAGUGGGGAACAGCUGUGGAGGUGGUGGGAGGUGGUGCAGCAGUAUGUGAAGCGGUUGAGAUGGGUGCAGUGGGGCAUGGGGUGCAAGUGAAGGGUGGAGCGCAGGAGCAUGCGGUUCUUGAGGGAAACACGUUUGAAGGGAAGGAGAGCGGAGAAGGGGGACGAGAACAGAGGGACUUGGGUAAGGUGGCGGAGGGGGAUGAGAGUGGGAAGAGGGAACGGGACAAGAAAGGGGAGAAGCAGCGGAAGGAGAAGCGGCACAGUAGGGAGGAGAAGCGAAAGCAUGGGGGGGAGAUGGGGGAGGGUGAAGUGGACAAGGGGAAGCAUGGGGGGGAGAAAGAGGGGAAGAAAGGGAAAGAGGGGCGAACGAAGGCGCCCUCACAUGGCGCUGUGCAUGCGCCCCUUGAUGUGGCACCUUCCCUCAUACACGCCUCCCCUGCGACCAUCCAUCCCGCACCUUCCCCUCCUCCUCCUGCGCCCGGCGCUGCAUGUGAAAACGGGGCAGGUGAUGCGGCUCACUCUUAUGCUUUUACUUCUGACACCCGUGGCGAUGGUGGCGAUGACACUGACUCGCAGCAGCACGCACAGGCAGCUUCACACUUGGAGGAGCUGCUUGUUGAGAUGAGCAGCACCGCUGUUGCCGGUGCUGCUGGCAAUGAUGCUGGCAGUGGUGCUACUGUGGUUGCGGCUGCUAUGGAUGGAGUUGCGCACCAGGGAGGCAGCACGGGGGUGCAGACAUGUGGGCAGCAGGGGUGGGUGCAGGAUGGUGGGGACGCACUGCCGUGUGGUGAUGGGGAGGAGGGGGGAGAUGACGAGGAGCAAGGGGGGAGCGGGGAGGAGGGGGAGGAGGACGAGAAGGAGGAGGCGGGGGAGGAGUUGGAGGACGGGAAGGUAGGGGAAGAAGAGGGGAAAGUGGAGGAGGGGGAGGAGGGGGACGAGGAGGGCGAGGAGGCGAGGGGGGUGCAUGUGUAUGGCAUGGUGCCUGUAGAGGAUGAGGUGCUGCUGGUGGGACUGGAAGCGCGUGAUGCAUGCGGUAAUGCAAGUAAUGGCGCUAGUGGUGAUGCGCCCCAGGACCAAGAGACUGGGGAGCAGAUGGAAGCAGAACAGCAGGAGAAUGAGGAGGGGCGAGAGAAGGAAGCAGCUGCAGCAACAGCACGUCAUGACUUGCAGGCAGAAGCAGCCACUGUGGCAGAUACUGACGUGGCAGGUGCUGGCGAUGCAGAUCGUGAUGUGGCAUGUGGUGACAGCGCAGGUGAUGACAUGGCAGGUGGUGACGUAGCAGAUGAGGCCAGUGCGAGGGCAGAGGCUGUGGUGGAUGCAGCAUCGGCAGACGCUGUGAGGGAUAUCAGCCGGCGGGAUGCAUCCCAGCCUGCUACCAGCCACGAGGAGAGUCGCAGCGGCAGCGAGGCAAGCAGGGAGGAUGGCGAGAGUGGUUCGGAGGAGGAGGAAAGGGCUGUGAGCGCAUGCGAUGAGGGGGAAGGGCAGGGCCGCAAGGCAGCGCUGCUCUCACCUCUGCACCUGGGGUCGUUCAAGCUCACUGCAUGGAGCCCUGGCAGUGCCGCACUCGCUGGGGGCAGCGCACAGGAGGGGCAUGGGCGGACAGGGCCCAGCAGAGGGGACAGCAUUGGUGCUGCCAUCAAGGGCACGGAGGAGCAGAGGAGCUUCCGCUUCCACCCCGCCAGCUCUCUUGUCAUCCACGUGCCCCCUACCGCAUCCAUCUCACCCCCUCACUCCCCCGCCUUUUCUUCCCCCUCUUCCUCCGCCCUUACUCCCGCUCCAACCACCCCCACAGCCCCUCUCACUCCCUCUACGCCUCUCACUCCCUCCACGCCUCUCACCCCUUCCACGCCUCUCACCCCUCGUCGCAGCAUCUUCACGCCUCGCUCGCUGCUGUCUGCGUCGCUUGGGGCGUUCACUGGCAGCACAGGCAGCGGCAGCAACCUGGGCAAGGGGCGAGCAGGCAGCAGCAACGCCGGCAAGAGUCCUUUUUUCCUCUCGCACUCGUCCCAGCCACACCAGCAGCAGCAGCACGAGCAGGAGUACAAUGAGGAGCAGGAGCAGCACAUGUAUCCAGACGAGCUGCAUGCCUCCAAUGUCCCCCCCUCCUGCUCGCCUCGCCUCGCCUUCUCCCGCCCCUCUGCCCGGCCUUCCCUCUCCGCCCUCUCCUCCUUCUCCUCCUUGCUUGCAUCACCCCGCACCCCCUCAGGGAGCACUCCCAGCAAGGCUGGUGACAGCUGGUUCAGGAGCAGCAGUGCCAGCGGUGCUGCUAGUGUGUCUGCCUCUACUGCUGCAGGUUCAACUGGCGCUGUUGCGGCAGCGUUGGUGAUGGUGGAGGUGUGGGUGCUGUCCUGCGCCAUGGCCAUGGCAUCAUCGUAG